AUGAGUAUCUUCGGUGGCCUUGUUGUUGCCCAAGUGCUACUCUGGCUGUUUGGGAUAUGGAUGAUCAAUGUGAAGUGCCUGGUGGAAUAUCAGAGCUGCCCGAGCCCUUACAGAGCCACACAUUGCAAGGUGGCAGCAGCAGAUUUCACAGGCAAGAAGGAGAUUGUCCCGCUGGAUCGAAAGAAGGUGGAGGAUGGUCAGCUCGAAAUCAGCUUCGAAUUCAGGAAGCAGCGAUUCCAUUAUGACGCUGAGAAGAACCUCUUCGAGAAGCUGGCGUAUCCAGUGCAGGAAACUUUUGGGCAGUACCAGAGGAGCUCGGGUUACGGCAAUGAGGUCAAGGCAGCCGCUGCCUUGGACAGAUGGGGGGAGAAUCGCUUCGAGGUGCCCGUGCCGCAGUUUGGCCAGCUGCUGAAAGAGCAGCUCCUGGCGCCAUUCUUUGUCUUCCAAGUCUUCUGCGUCGGCCUAUGGUGCCUGGACGACUACUGGUACUACUCCCUGUUCACGCUGGGCAUGCUGGUCAUGUUUGAGUGCACAGUGGUGGGGCAGCGGCUGCGCAAUCUCAGGGAGCUGCGCUCGCUCACGACGCCAAAGCAGGCGCUGCAGGUGUACAGGCAGGGCAAGUGGGUGCAGCUGCCUGGCGAUGCCCUCCUGCCGGGCGAUGUCAUCUCCAUCGGGAGACCAUCUGGCGGUGUGGGGCAGGAGGAGCGAGUGGUGCCGGCAGAUGCGCUGCUCUUGGCAGGGACAUGCAUUGUGGAGGAGGCCGUGCUGACAGGGGAGUCCACUCCCCAGUGGAAGAACCCCAUUGGCACUGGCUCGACCAACGCAGCAGCUGCCCAAGAGGGCUUGGAUUCCCGCCUGAGCAUCAAGCGCGACAAGAACCACAUGCUGUUCAGCGGCACCAAGAUCCUGCAGCACACCGGGGACAAGAGUGCGCGCAUCCGCACCCCCGACAACGGCUGCCUGGCUGUCGUGCUGCGCACUGGCUUUGAGACCUCCCAAGGUCAGCUGAUGCGGACCAUCCUGUACUCAACGGAGCGAGUCACAGCCAACAACUGGGAAGUGGGCCUCUUCAUCCUCUUCCUGCUCAUCUUUGCUGUUGCCGCUGCCGCCUACGUCCUCUACUAUGGACUGCAGAAUCCCGACCGUGACCGCUUCAAGUUGUUCCUGAACUGCACCAUGAUCAUCACCAGCGUCAUCCCCCCAGAGCUGCCCAUGGAGCUGUCCAUCGCUGUCAACGCAUCUCUGCUGGCGCUUGCACGCAAGGCCGUCUUCUGCACGGAGCCCUUCCGCAUCCCACUCGCCGGCAAGGCAUGCCCCGGCUCCCACCUGCUCUGCUCAUGCGACUCCGUGGCAGUGUGCUGCUUUGACAAGACUGGGACGCUGACGUCGGACAACAUGGUGCUCAAGGGGCUGGUGGGCCUGGCCGGCCGCGCGCGCGAGCUGGUAGCGGACGUGCGCGAGGGCAGCCGCGAGGCCGUGCGUGUGCUGGCCGCCUGUCAGUCCCUCAUCCAGGUCGACGGCGCCCUCGUCGGCGACCCCCUCGAGCGCGCCGCCUUCCAGGCCACCGGCUGGACGUAUGCUGGCGGCAACCUCACAAGCGGCAAGCAGGCAGGCGGCAAGGAGGUCACCACCAUCCUGCACAGAUACCACUUCACCUCGACCCUCAAGCGCAUGACUGUCAUUCACUCUUCGACACCAGCAUACUGGGCCGUGGUGAAAGGAGCUCCAGAGGUGAUCCAGGGCUUCCUGGCAGCGCCGCCAGCUGAGUAUGAGGCCGCUUACAAGGAGUAUGCAGCACAGGGGGGCAGGGUCAUUGCGUUGGCUUACAAGAAGCUGGACGCCAAGCUGAGCCCAGUGGAGAUUGGCAACCUGCCGCGCAGUGAGGUGGAGAGCAACCUGCACUUUGGCGCCUUUGCCAUCUUCCAGUGCCCCCUCAAGGAGGAGAGCGAGCCUGCCCUGCGCAUGCUCAAGGAUGCGAGUCACCAGCUUGUGAUGAUCACCGGCGACGCGCCCCUGACGGCAUGCCAUGUGGCCUCCCAAGUCCAUAUCCUGGACCGGCCUGUGCUCAUGCUUGAUGACGUUGAGGAUGACUCGAGGUUCGAAUGGACCACGCCAGAUGAGGCGCUGAGGCUGCCCUUCCAGAGGUCACGCCAGGACGCCGUAUCACUGGCUGCAAAGUGGGACUUGUGCAUAUCGGGCGACGGCCUGCACCACCUGCACCAGAUCGGCGCCGAAACAGACUACAUCCCCCUCACCCAGGUGUUUGCGCGGGUGUCCCCGGACCAGAAGGAGCUGAUCCUGCGGACGCUGCGGACCGCUGGCUGGACCACGCUGAUGUGCGGGGACGGCACCAACGACGUGGGCGCGCUCAAGACGGCCCACGUGGGAGUGGCGCUGCUGACGCCGCGGCCGCCGGCGGCCAAGCCCAAGGACAACGGCAGCGCCCCCGCGGUGGCCGGCCCCUCCGGCCGCGCGCUGCCGGGCCGCGGCGGCGCCGCCGGGCCUGGCCCCUCAUCGCUCGCCGCUGGCCGUGGCCGCAGGUAUGCAUCAACGCCUCUCACGCGCUCUCAUGCUGAUAUCGGUUUGCAACCGGUGGACGCGCGCAUGCAGAAGAUGGCCGACUGGAUGGACAGCAUGGAGCCUGACGAGGGCAUGGUGCCCAUGGUGAAGCCGGGGGAUGCGAGCAUGGCGUCGCCGUUCACGGCCAAGCUGGCGUCGGUGAUGCCGUGCACGGACAUCAUCCGGCAGGGGCGCUCCACGCUGGUGACCACCAUCCAGAUGUUCAAGAUCCUGGGCCUCAUCUGCCUCUCCACCGCCUACUCCCUCUCCGUCAUGUACCUGCAGGGUGUGAAACUUGGGGACUUCCAGGCGACGGUGAUGGGCAUGCUGAGCGCAAUGCUCUUCUUUGUGAUCUCGCACGCCAAGCCUUUGGACCAGCUGUCGCCACAGCGGCCGCACCCCAACAUCUUCUCCGCCUAUGUCUUCCUCUCGCUGCUCGGCCAAUUCGCCGCGCACAUGGGCUUCCUCAUCUACAUCACUGACGGAGUCAAUUCCUGGUGGGCACAGGACGAGGUGCAGGAGCCCAACGCGGACUUCAAGCCCAACCUGGUCAACACGGUGUGCUUCCUGGUCCAGUUCAUAAUCCAGCUCAUCACCUUUGGCGUCAACUACCAGGGGCCCCCCUUCAACGCCUCCAUCCGCGACACAAAAACGCUGCGCUACACCUUCUGGUGGGGGUCCAUCUUCUGGGCUGUCCUCUCCCUCGACCUCGUCCCCGAGCUCACCCAGCUCGUCUCUCUGGUGAGCGUGCCGCCCAUGCUGGGCUACAAGAUUGUGGGACUGGGGCUGGCUACCUUUGCGGUGACAUUUGCAUGGGACCACGUUCUGCGCGCGGCGUUCCCUGCGCCCUCGCCGCCCCAGAAGGGCUACCUGGCCUUCAAGAAGGAGCUGGCUGUCCUCAAGAAGCAGGAGGCCCGGCAGCAGCGGCGGCCCCAUGCCGGAUGA